AAAAAAAAGACAUAAAAGUUUGUGGCGACCAAAAGAAGCAAAGAGAGAGACAAUGAUAUUAAGUAGUAUAAGCCUCUCAACACCAGUUUCUUCUCAAAGCUUCUCUCCACCUCCUGCUACUACAACGAGAAGAUGCUCCCUGAUCAGGAUAGACAGGAGAUCUCAUAUCUCUGUCACAGUCUGUUCUUCCAAAGGGUUGCUGAAGAAUGCUGAGUUAAAAUGUUUCUUGGAGAAGCCAAUUGGAAACCUUUCUUUGAGAAAGCAUCUUGUUUCAGGGUUGGCAGCUAUUUUGCUUCUCUCUCAGGCAGGCCAGGGUAUUGCGUUGGAUCUCUCAUCUGGUUAUCAGAACAUUUGCCAACUAGGGAGUGCUUCUGUGGAAGAAACAAAGCUGACUCUUCCACUUGACAAUGCAUCUGAUGGUGAGUCGGAAGCGAUGAUGAUGAUGAUGAGAGGCAUGACUACUAAGAACUUUGACCCAGUUAGGUACUCUGGAAGAUGGUUUGAAGUAGCUUCUCUUAAGCGUGGAUUUGCGGGUCAAGGCCAAGAAGACUGCCAUUGCACCCAGGGGGUAUACUCGUUUGAUAUGAAGGAAUCCGCCAUUCGAGUAGAUACAUUUUGUGUUCACGGCAGUCCUGAUGGAUAUAUAACAGGAAUCAGAGGAAAAGUUCAAUGCGUGGGAGCGGAAGACCUGGAGAAAAGCGAGACUGACUUAGAAAAGCGAGAGAUGAUUAAAGAGAAGUGUUUCCUACGAUUUCCCACAAUUCCUUUUAUUCCCAAGUUGCCUUAUGAUGUCAUAGCCACUGACUACGACAACUACGCACUUGUUUCUGGAGCCAAAGACAAGGGCUUUGUUCAGGUAUACUCAAGAACACCUAACCCAGGACCUGAGUUCAUCGCCAAGUACAAGAACUACUUGGCACAAUUUGGCUAUGACCCGGAAAAAAUAAAGGAUACACCACAGGACUGUGAAGUGAUGUCUGAUGGUGAGCUAGCUGCCAUGAUGACCAUGCCAGGUAUGGAGCAAACACUGACAAACCAGUUUCCAGAUCUUGGAUUAAGAAAGUCAGUCCAGUUUGAUCCCUUCACAAGUGUGUUUGAAACCUUGAAGAAACUUGUCCCGCUCUAUUUCAAGUAGAGCAAGCUUCUUUGCUGAUCAAAGCUAUUAAAAAUUCUUAUAUAGA